AGCACGUUUGGGAAAAUAAACCGCAACUGCUGCUGCUGCUGCUGAGCUGGACCAGCGCUUUACAAGCUGGUGGCCGUAGAUAUGAGAGAAAAAGAAAAGUUUCUUUAAGAGUUCCUGCAAGAGGAGAGGAGUUUGCAGGUGCUUAUAGGACCCAAAUGGGAUUGUACGUUUGAUCAGCGGCGUCUUAUUGGCCUGUGUUGACUAAAAAUAACUUUGUCACAGUCCCGUUAUGAAGAUCAGCACCAUGAGGACUCAACUGUGCUGAUCUUUGUGGCACCAAAGCUGUCUCUGCUGGAAAGUUAUUUUUACAAGGUAUCUGAAUCUUCGGUAUGCCGUCCCCAGGUCCCCCGCCGCCUCCACCCGGCCCCCCGCCGCCGCCUCCCCCCUCCGCCGCCCUGCCGCAGUGCCCUUUGGAGCCUCCUCAGCUCCAGUCUGGCGGAGGAGGAGGGAGAAAUGCUCUGUUGGCCGACAUCCAGAAAGGCGCCAAGCUCAGGAAAGUCACACAGGUCAACGACCGGAGCGCCCCUGCAGUUGAUAAGUCCAAGACUAACACAGGAGAUGUUGGCUCUUCUCAAAACCAAUCAGCUGGGAUUGGUCCCACAGGGCCCUCUCUAGGUGGAUUGUUUGCUGCAGGGUUUCCCACUCUCAGGCCUAUUGGUCAUAGAGACUUACCAAGCAAGACCCCAGUGUCUCGGUCGAGCUCCUCUGCCUCCUUGAGGCCUCAGUGGAACGCUCCUACAUCGGCGGACUCCAGCAGCCUUCCAGAGUCUCCCAAGACUGCAGAGAUCCAAAACUCCUUCCAGCGUCUUCUCACUUCCUCCGCCUCUGCUUCACCCUCCCCCUCUCACGGCAGCAAGCACCCGCCACCUUUCCCGGCGUCCUCACCCCCGACGCCUCCGCCCGCCCCUCCAUCUGUGCCUCCCCCUCCUCCGCCGCAUCAAGCCGAGCGACCAGCCAACAAACCUCCUUCCCUUCCCUCCUGCCCGCCUCCUCCCCCUCCGUCCCAGGUCACCAGGCCAACAUGGCUACCUGUUCAACAUUCUCACCACACGUCCUUGCCCCAGCCAUCGACUCCUCCUCCUCCACCUCCCCCACUCACACACCCGCCUCCUUCAUCCAUCCCAGACCGCUCGUCAGGUUACUUCUUCUACUCUCCACCUCCGUUCUCUGAACCGUCCAGGUUCCCCAUUCUGCGUGAUAGCCCCCUGGGACCUCCUCCACCUCCACCUCCGCCUUUACCGACGUCCUUCACCCCAAGCUGCCCAACCACCCUUCCACCACCGCCGCCCAAAGUGGCCCCGGUGCCCUCGGCAGCCAUGCGCUCGCUGCCACCGUCGUACCCUUGCAACAUUCCCACUCGGCGCCCGCCGGCUGUGCCCAGGAGUUUAGGUGUGGGUCGGCUGCUGGCUCCUCCACCGGCUCCUCCGGCACGUUCCCCCACCACAGAGUUGUCCACCCGCAUUCUUCCCCCUCCGCCGCCUCCUCCUCCACCUCCAUUCAGCCUUAGGAAUGGACACCUCCACAGUCUGGUAGACGACUUUGAAUCCAAGUUCCAGUUCCACCCUGUAGAAGACCUCCCGCCGCCCGAUGAAUUCAAGCCCUUCCCUCGCGUUUACCCAAGCAAAGAAAACAGAGUGAACCCAAAGCCACCUGGAAUCAGGACACACCUCAGAUGAGUCACUGAGCCGCCAACUUCCUCCUCACUCAAAGAACACUGGUCCUCGGUCGGCCGCUUGACGGCUCCAGACACUCACAAAAUGGACACAGAGACUCAUUUAUCCUUGGUGUGUUUGCGUGUUCUGCGUGAGCGUGAGUGUCAAACAGGGUCCAGCCUUAUUCUGACUGUGCGACCUCUGACCUUCUUCAGCUCGGAAUGUUUUCAAUGUGUGUGAGGAGGAGGGCUCGACAGACUAGAUAGAGUCUCUACACACUAAGUCGUGGGACACAGUCUUCCAUCACUUUUUUUUCCUAUUUUAUUUUUAACAUUUUUAUCGAUUUACUCACUAAUGGAAGGACUUGAAAAGGAAGAUUUUUGACAUCUUGUGUUACCUCAACUCUAUAUUGUUUACUACAUUUAUAGCCACAACUUUUUAAAGACAUACAAAGUUGUCUUUGUCCAAGAGUUGCAUUUAAGUUGAACUUUAAGUAUUUUGUAACUUUCAUUUUCUUGUCAUUUCUCAACACACAUUUUAAUGGAUGUGCUGAAUUUUGGAGUAAAAAACAAGGUUCCAUGUAGAUCCUU